AUGCCUCGAGGCUGGAACCUUGACCCAGUGGCGGGAAAAGCCCCAAAAAGACUGGCUAGUCGUUACUACCAGCUGAAGACAGGACAUGCUCCAAUCGGCACCUAUCUACACCGGAUAGGCCGACGGGAAUCGCCUGAGUGUCAGGCUUGCAAGGAGCCUCAUGAGACAGUGAGGCAUGUGCUUUUUGGAUGUCGAGGACGCCGUACAGGACGGAGGGCUUUAUAUCGAGCACUCGAGAAAGCUGGAGUGCCGCUGCCUACAGCGGCUGAGGAAAGUCCUGAGGCUAGGCUAUUUGCUGAGCCUAUAGUGACGCAGGCCAGAGAGGCUGAGUCUAGCGAUGCGUGGGGGUGGGAUACGUUGGAGGAAGGUGGCCCAGGUGUCACAUUGGAGGAUGAAUAG